CACUGUGAUCGUCAUCACCACAGCGUCAGUCUUGGUGUGUUUACGUUGCCAUGGAGGCGUCUUUAGUCGGCUCGCAACACCAACCUCUAAGCGGGGCAGGCAACUCUUCCCGGGACAAGCCACAGUAUUUAAUUGAGAUGCAUACGAAAAGCAAAAACAUGAAGUUCAAAGAUUAUCAGCAGUUGUCUUGAGACUUGGUAAGGCUUUUUUGGAUACAUACAGGGUACCGUAUUAUUCUUACAUACAAUAUAAAUAUUUGCAUCUCAUUCAAUCGUCCAACACAUUAUUACAAAUGUUAUGGACUAAUUCAUCAUCAUCAUCAUCACACAAUGAUCAAUCCACUGGCGGAUAAAGUAUGGUACUCCCAAAACGGCUCCGAUGUAAUGAGGCGGUUUGAUUCAGUAUCAAUAUAAAAUAGCUGAGCAAAAGCCACUGCUGCUACCUCACCAUGAGCAAGUGGCCGGGUCAGUCCGGGCAGGAUCCGGGUCACGAUCAAGGUCACGAACACCACAGUCAGGGUCACCACAGUCAGGGUCACCACAGUCAGGGCCACCCCAACACACGGGACACGACUGCGGCGGAGCGACGCUUGCGCCUGCGCGUGGACAAGCACCCGCUGUUCGAAGGCAAGCGCCUCAAGCUGUCGGGCCGAGAGCUUCUGUCGCUCCCCGCGGAGCUGUUCUCCCUCUCCGAGCUGGAGGUGCUGGACCUGAGCCCCGAGCGGGAGAGCUGCAUCCACUACACGCUGCGCUCGCUGCCCGCGGACGUGUGCCGCCUGCACAACCUGCGCGUCCUCUGCCUCGACACCAACGAGCUCAGGGAGUUGCCCUCCGAGGUGUCGCUGCUGGCCAACCUGGAGCGCGUGAGCCUCAGCAACAACGCGCUCACCGCCCUCCCGCGGGGUCUGGGCGGCCUGCGGAAGCUGAGGAGCGUGCACCUGGCCAACAAUAAGCUGGGCCCUGUGCUGCCCGCCGAACUGUGCCAGCUCAAGGCCCUCUGCUUUCUCGAUGCAAGCGACAACUGCAUAGAGCGCCUGCCGAGCGCCAUCGGCUCCAUGGCCAAGCUGGAGACUCUGUUGCUGCUCUACAACUCCAUUCGGGAGCUGCCGGAUGAGCUGUGCUCUCUGACCACGCUGAGGACCCUGUGGUUGGGCAGCAACCGCCUGCGCAGUCUGCCCAGGGGAUUUGGGGAGCUGCGCGGCCUGCGGUGGGGUUCGAGCGGCGCCGAUGUGGACGGCAAUCCCAUGGCGGAGCCGCCCCUGGACGUCUGCCGCCGUGGGGUGGAGGCCAUCGGACGUUACUUUGCGCUGAGGGACUCGGCUGGGGUCGCGGGGCCUGCCGGCCCGGGGGCGAACCUCGACUUGAAGCGUCAGCGGAGUUUGGGACUUCGCCCGAGCUCAAAACUUAAGCAGGGCUCCAAAGUUGAAGUGAACUCCAACCAUGAUGAUCCAAAGCAUAACCGUAAUCAUAACCCGCAUUCUAACGCUAACCUCAACUCGAAUCAUUACUUGAAGCCGAACUUUAGCUCAAACCUGAGACCCCCUAAUAAGCCGAACCACUACUUUACUCACAAGCCCGAGACUCACUCUAAGCAGAAACCAAGUUAGAAGUUUAACGUCUAUAUUCUUGGGUCUUUCGCAAGCGGUCGUCUUCCUGAAGGCGACCACUUGCGUUGCGAUCGAAACGUCGUAGU